AUGAAUCAAAGCAGUAACAAGGUGCUUCUACUUGGCGAUACGGGCGUGGGCAAGUCAACACUGGUCGAAACUUUGUGCGGAAAACCCAAUUCUCGACCGGAAAGUACUGUCGGGGUUAAUAUUAAGGUAGGUAAAAUACGAAGCAGGACUAAAUGACCUGAAAACAGGCAAUUUAAGGAAUUUGUAACAUACUUUUUAAAAAUUUUUAUCAGAUUUUAAAAUUAAAUCUUGUUUUUGUAGGUAUUAGCCCACCAAUUCGCGGCCGGAACCCCACAAGAAUCGACCGAAAUCAUCGAGCUUUGGGAUGUCGGCGGAGCCAAUAUUCAUCGACAAACAGCGGCCAGAGUCUUCUCGGAUAAUGUUUGUGGAAUCAUAUUCGUGCACGACUUGUCCAACUCAAGAUCAGAACAAAACCUGGCUCAGUGGUCGUCGUUGUUGGAGGAGGUUCAACUUAUGAACGGAAGUCAAAGGUUCGGAGAGUUCAAUCGAUUGGGAGAGGUGGAGAAGGUAAUUUUGGCUAAUUUAUUGUGAGGUUUGCUUCACAGAAGGUUAUUUUACAUAUUAAUUUAGAUUUAGGAGGCCUUCACCUUGUUUUAUAUCGAAUUUUAAGUCUUACUUUAGUUUAGAUUGCUUAACUAUAAUUAACAUCGCUUUAGAUCGGCUACCUCCCAACCCUAGUGGUCGGCUCCUACUUUGACCUAGCUCCACACAGAUCCAGAGACCCAAACAGACAACGUCUCCGAUUCCUACGCCAAUAUGAAGAAAUUCAAGUAGACUGCCGGAAGGAAAUAUCUGCAGGAUCGACCAAUAAACUACUGGUUUCCAGAUUCUUCGACGCUGUUUGUGUAGUCAAAUCCAGGAAUUCCGAGAUCAUAAGUCAAAGAAGAAGACGGUUAUAA